CGGUACCACUACAAACAGUAGCACAACUAAUGGUCCCUACUACCUCCAUCCUAACACUUCGUCCAUAAACGACCACCCUCAGUCGCACCAACAACAGAUGGCGUCUCAAUCUUUGCAACAGCAAAAUUCAAUGGCUACUGCUAACCCUCAGUGGCCUUCACCUGAUAAGCAACGUCUAAACUCUCAAAUUUUUACUCCAGGAUCUACUAGUAUACCUUUUGGUCCUGGCUACCCGUCUGCAAAUGGUUCAAGUAUGUGA